AUGAUUUCUAAGCAGCUCCUCUUUCUAGUAAUAAUUCUGCCCUUUCUCCAAGCUUAUUCAGACGCCAAUGGAGGAUGCUUUGUGGAAUAUCCCGACCCUCGAGAUACAGUCUUCAAAGGAGCGGCCAAGGUCGUCACUGAAACUUUCGAUGUGGGCAUCAAGGCUAUAAUCGAAAUCGAUGGAAUUAUCGCCGAUCCUUCCAGGGCUCUGGCUUACCAUUCAAAACACGUAGAAGCAUACCUUCCAAGUCCAACAUGUUUAUCUUCUGUACCAAUAGGAAUGCAACAAAAUUGGUCUGGAAAUUAUAUUCUGGAUCGGAAUAAGCUGAAAUUCGUUGUGCGAAUGGUUCGCAAAUUUGAUUCGAUCAAUAAGGAUCCGUGUUUGAAUAAACAAUGCCACCCUGGUGCUAUAUGUGAAACUUGGAAUGACGUGGCAAUGACGAAGGUAGCCGUCUGCACAUGCCUGUCACUAUCCGACCUCCAGGUGUCUGGUCGAUGUCAAUUGCAAACGGGCGAACUCUGCGCUUCUAAUGGAAGCCUGUAUGCCAGUACCUGUCAUAUGCUUCGCGAUGCUUGUCUCCAGCAAACAGCUCUUAAUGUCGUUUCUUGGACAGCGGUUAAUGAGGAAGAUUGUCGGCAACAAGCUGGUAUGUCUGGCUGA